AAAGGAUCCUUGUCACAGCCGCCCCCUUUUCUCCUUAAGGGGAUGUGACAGAGAGGGUGACUGAGAGUUUUAGAGAGAGAACCACUUUCCCCAUUAUUGUAUUGUUUUCCAUCUCAAUUAAACUCUAUCCGGUUGUUCUUUCUGGUGGAUUAGGUUCCAUUAAAGAGCUACCAAACUCUGUUUUCCCCUCCCCCUCUCUUGCUAUCCUUCUUCCUCCUCCUCCUCCUCAAAAGCUUCUCAAAAACCCCGGGAAGCAAGAAGGAAAAUCCAAAGCUCAAAGGGUUCAUAGAUAGUUUGAUGAUGGAGAUGAUGUAUUUGCAGUUGGGAAGGUCUUCUUACCAGGAUUCCCUCAAAGUCCUAGAGGCUGAUAUCCAGCAUGCUAAUUCCUUGGCUGCUGAAAUCCCUAGGGGGAAAGGUGGUUCCCAUCUUCAGAUGAAACUAGUCUACAACCAGUGGGCUCCCCUUUUCUUGUACUUGCUUCAGACAUUAGAAAGCUCUUGCAUUUAUCUACUCCCUAGAUACCUUAAUCUCUUCCAUGUCCUUGUAUAUAAGGUGAAUGAUGACGGUAGACCGCGAAUAACGACUCAUGGAAGGAAAGCAACCAUAAAGGAGUUCUAUGGAGUUAUCUUGCCUUCCCUUCAGAGGCUGCACAGCAGCUUGGAUGAAAUGGAACUGGACGGCUUUUCGACCAUUGAUAGUUUGAGAAUAAAAAAUGUGGAUGGAGAUCAUCACGAUAAGCUUGUCAGCAUCGAUUUGGAAAGGGAAGAUGAAUGUGGCAUCUGCUUGGAGCCUUGCACCAAGAUGGUGUUGCCUAAUUGUUGCCACGCAAUGUGCAUCAAAUGCUACCAGAAUUGGAACACAAGGUCAGAGUCAUGUCCAUUCUGCCGAGGCAGCUUGAAGAGAGUGAACUCGGAAGACCUAUGGGUGCUCACUUGCAAGAACGACGUGGUCGAUACAAAACAGAUUACAAGGGAAGACCUCUUGAGGUUCCACCUCUACAUCAACAGCCUGCCGAAGGAUUAUCCAGACGCUCUCUUCUUAGUGUACUACGAGUAUCUAUUCUGAAUUCCGGAAUUGGAACCCAGCGAGAGUGAUCCAGUGGUGUGCAGAGAGGGAUAGCCAAUGCCGACCAAGAUCAAGUGUAAAUAGUCUGGUAAGUGCAGCUAGCCAUGUCUCUCUCCCAACAUUCUCCGGGAGCAGGCCAUCGUCAUUUGGAGAAACAACUCUAUAUCUUCCUUUCAUGAGUUUCGUAUCAAGAUCCCUCAUUUGGGGAAGGCGGACUGUGCUUCGUAGACCGGAGCAUGAUUUGCUGGUUCCUGCUAGAAACAAGAACGAAAUGCGCUAGAAAGAAAACCAUAAAUCUUUUAUGUUAUGUAAGCUGUUGAGAAUGAGAACUGCUUUGUGGCUUUUGUUUCUCACUUGUAAUCGCGA